AUGGCUUCCAUCAAGUUUUCAAUCUGUUUUCUCCUUCUUGUUUUCUCUUCAAGUCUCUUAUUUGUUAUCAGUACCAGUCAAGCUGUAGAGCAAACACACCAACCCAAACCAUCAGCCGUACUCUCUGACAAGGGCUAUCAUGCCAUGUCACUAACCCUAGACACCAUUCUUGAGGCCUAUCCACAGCCUCCGUUGACACUCCUCAAGUAUCACAUUGUGCCAUUCAAGUUCGAUAGAGAUACAAUAGAGGCGUAUGUUGGUCAUGGUUCCAAUGUUCGCACUCUUUUGCCCGGUCAUCCUCUCGUUGUUACUUCCUUACCAACCCGUACGGGUGCAUCAUACGCUUCUAUUAACCGAGUCAAAAUCACUGAAUGGGAUGUCUACAACAACGGACGACUCAUUGUUCAUGGGGUUGAGGACUUCUUCGAUCCGGCUUUCCAAACCCUAUUGUAUCCACAGUACGACGUCUCCGUUGCGACAAAGGUUCUGUCUCGUGGAUUUCCUUGGCAGAGAGAGGUGAUAGCGUAUUGGUUAUGGUUUCUUUUGCAAGCUCUUGCAGCUACUGUGCUCAUUCUCGCAUAUGCCUUUUGUGACAAGGACGAUGUUCAAUAUAUUGUAGCUAGCUAG